AUGUUUCCUCUGCCGCGGCUGUUGCUACUGGAGGACACAGGCAGAUAUGAGUGUGUUGCUUUAGUCACAACAGGAGAAAACAAGAAACAGUCUGUCAAGUGCUACAUUGAUCUGAACGUCAUGAAGAUUAGUCUAAAAGAGAAACAAACUCAGGACGACGAUGAAGAACAAGAUCAUUCUCAGGGUCUGGAUGUGGUGGAGGUGGAGGUGAAGGUGGAGGUGGGGGUGGAGGUGGAGGUGUGGGUGUGGGAGUGGGUGGGGGUGGGGGUGGGGGACCUGGAGCUGGGCCAGGUCACUGUUCCAGACCAAGAGCAGCAGGUUUUAAGUGUGCGUGAUUGGGACAAGCAGGUGUGGAGGAGAUGGGGGAUGGAGGACAGCUGA